AGCAACCAAGGACGCGGGGAGCUCGUUUCUUUGGUGCGUGACUGCGAGUUGUUCUGGAAUCUUGGAGGGACAAGACAACGUAAUUAAAAAAAAUACAAUGGAAAAAUCAUCAAAAGACUGUCCCGCAACCCUUUCUUCCUUAUCUGCAUUUAGCUACAUCCCGCCGAGAAGAACUGAUCCAAAAGAGCUUAAUUAUUUCAAUACUAAAACGGAGGCCCGGGAAAUCUUUACAUAUGAUUGCUUGUUUCGGCGCACUGAGUGCUAUAACGAGAAGUUACACAGAGAUGACCGAGAACACGCCAAGAGCCGAGGGCUGCACAUGCACCAGGAGGAAACAUCAAGAUCUGUACCGGUUCUGUCCUCUUCGGAAUAUGGAAGACGUUUGCCUCUUGAGAUAUUUAAACCAGGACGGCAGUAUGUGAGAGUUGGACACAUCCGCUCUGAAUUUUUCAGUAAAAAUGGAAUCCAUCGUUCCGUUGAAGAGGGUUAUGGGUCUGUUACUCCUGCAUAAAGUCUUCCCAACUGACUCAGAAUGUCUCAGAAAAGCAUGAACUCAUGAUUGUAGCAGAUAAUCUCUCCAAACACUUUAAAUAUAACAUCUGGUGAAUAAUGUAACUUGGUAUUGUUUUAAUGAAUGGAACAAAAAUGGAGUUGAAUGUCAAAUAAACCAAUUACAUAAAUGUUAA